AUGCAUGCAAUUUAUAAUACACUGGAAGAUAUUCCAUUAGAAGCCAUUUUAUCUAAAGAUAUUAUAUUGAAAAACAUUCUAUCUGAAGACAUGAUUGUUGCAACUCAAAAUAUUAAUAAUCAGCUUCAUAUGAAUUUUAUAUUAUGCAGAAGAAAAUUAGUAUUUGAACUAGGAGAUAAAGUUUAUUAUACUAGAAAACUUGUUAAUAUGUAUAAUAAUAAUAGAACUGUUAGAGUUAAUGUAGAUGGUAAAUUAAAGACUUUUGUAGUUAAAAAUUUAAAAAAGCUUCAUGAGUAG